AAUUAUUAACAUAAACAUGUUAAAGAACAUACUACGCUGGCGUACAGGUCAAUUCAUUUUAAAUGGCGCUGUAGUCUCGCCAGUGAGCACAGCGCGCGGCCUGUGCAAUCCGUUCAAAUCGAACACAAAUACCGUCAUCGGUGAGCCUGAGCAAAAGUCGGAGGCAAACAGGAAGCCUGUAAAUCCUUUUGCACUAUCCAGGUCCACACCACUGCCAGAUAAUACGGUAGUUGAGACCCAAGAAGAACGCGAUAAGAGGCUUAAGGUGUUGCAGCUGGAAGCAGACAUAGCGCAUCAGGAAGGACGCCGUGUGCCUGCUUUGGACUUCUUCCAGGAGCACCACUGGUCGCACGUGCUGACACUGCCAUCCAAGUCGGCUCGCAUCAAAUACUAUGCAUUUCUGUGGCAAAUCCAAAUGAAAAAGAAGUCGGACAAAGAGAAGAAAGCUCUGCGGGCCGAUGCGACGGAACAACGCAUUGCUGAUCUACGUAAGCAGCGGGAAGAGAACACCCACAUCAUCUAUGGACUGGCGCACACAUCAAUGUUUCUUCGCAUAUACGACACGACCAUCAAUCAUUGGCUGAACAAUCGCUUAACGCGUUCAAUGCAAUUCGCACCAAAAAUGGUUCUAGACUGCUCCUACGAUGCGAGCAUGAACAAUCGCGAAUCUUCGAAUGCUGCCAAACAGUUGAUGCUGUGUUUUGCCGAAAAUCGUGCCCAUGAUGAACCCUUUGAUUUGCACUAUUGUAAUACCAACUUUGAGGGACGCUGCAUGCAGUAUCUAAAACGGUAUAUUCCCACAAUGUUGAGUCCAGAGUUUCCCAUGAAUGUACACACGAAGUGCUUUACGGAAUUGUUUCCCAAAGAGCAGCUAGUUUAUCUGACGCCGCACUGUCGGGAGGAUUUGAAAACAUACAAUCCGGAUGAUAUUUACAUAGUAGGCGCCAUGGUGGACACCGUGAACAAUGAUCCGCUGUCGCUAGCUAAGGCGAAGCGCUUGGGUCUGCGUAUGGCGCGUCUGCCCCUUGAUCGCUAUCUGCAGUGGGGCUCUGGCUCUGGCAAGUCUCUAACGCUCAAUCAAAUGAUUAACAUUAUGCUGGAUCUGAAGAAAACGGGCGAUUGGAAUGCGGCACUUCAGCAUGUGCCGCGUCGCAAGGUUAUUGAUCUGGCCACACAACAGGCGGACAAUCGCCAGGCGUUGAAUAAACGGGCCAACAAGCUCAACGUGCGCAUUGAUCAUCUGCUCAAGUACGAAGAUAACCGACGGGAAGCAACCGCAUUUGGCACGCCCCAAAAGCUGCGACAGGGCAAAGAGGGCAUGAAUUUCAACUUAGACAGCUGGGCAACGGGCAAAAAGAAAACGAGUCGAAGUAGUUAAUUGAUUCCUGGAUAAGUUAAUUUAAUAAAGACAAGGUAUUGUUUGAACAGAAA